AUGGCACCGGAUCCGCUCCCUGCCAACAUCCAUGUCUCCACGCAUCCUUGUCUCCGUGCAAAGCUGUCCCAGCUGCGAUCACAGAGCACAACCUCCUCCCAGGAAAUAAAGUCGCUGGUCCAUGAUAUCGCCGCGAUCCUCGGAUGUGAGGCGCUUGCGGCAGGAUUGAGAACGCUUCCAAGUGGGACGACAGAAAAGAAAAGAAAUAAGAAAAUAGGAAGAAGGAAAGAAAUAAUGUUUGGUUGGCACACGACAGGACAAGACCCGCUAGAUGUCGACUAUACGACGGAGGCCGUUGAGCCAUCCAACAUCGCGCUCAUCCCGGUGCUAAGAUCCGGUCUUGGGAUGGUGGUGGCCCUUCAAACCCUCCUCCCUUUCUCUGUCCCCGUCCACCAUCUCGGCCUCUUCCGCGAACGCAUCACCCUGCAGCCGGUCGAAUACUACAACAAACUGCCCUACGAACCCGCUUGCCCUUCGUCCUCCGACUUGACAGCACUAUCAGCAACAGCCCCAGCCCCUGUCUCGACAAACACCGCCGUCAACAAAGCCGCUGCGACGCUGGCUAUCCUCCUCGACCCGGUCAUCGCAACUGGCGGCAGUGCCGCGGCUGCUACCUAG